AUGGAGGAGCGCGAGUGGGGGGCGAGGUCGGCGCGGGCCGGCAGCCCCGCGAACCCGCCCAGCCCGCGGCUGGAUGUCAGCUCGGACAGCUUCGACCCGCUGCUGGCCCUCUACGCGCCCUGCCUGCCGCCCAUCCCCUACCCCAACGCGCCCUGCUUCAACAACGUGGCGGAGUACGAGAGCUUCCUGCGCACCGGGGGCCGGGCGGGCGGGCGCGGGGCGCGGGCGCGGGGCGCGGGGCCGGGGGACCCCGCCGCCCCCGGGGCCGCCGCCGCCGCCGCCGCCGCGGGGCCCCGGCCCUCCCGCCGCCGCCCCGCCGCCCCCGCCCCGGACCCCGAGCGCAUCCAGCGCCUCCGCCGCCUGAUGGUGGUGAAGGAGGGCGGGGAGGAGGCGGCCGGGGCGCGCCGGCCGGGGCCGGGCCGGGCCCGCAAGGCGCCGCGCAACGUGCUCACGCGGAUGCCCUUGCACGAGGGCAGCCCGCUGGGCGAGCUCCACCGCUGCAUCCGCGAGGGCGUGAAGGUCAACGUGCACAUCCGCACCUUCAAGGGGCUCCGGGGCGUGUGCACCGGCUUCCUCGUCGCCUUCGACAAGUUCUGGAACAUGGCACUUACCGACGUGGAUGAGACCUACCGCAAACCAGUUCUCGGCCGAGCGCACGAGCGGGAUUCUUCGCUGACGCUGACGAGGCUGUUUGAUCGGCUGAAACUCCAAGAUUCCUCCAAGAAGGACGCCGACUCCAAGUCCGCGGUGGAAGACUCCACGCUGUCCCGGCAGUCGCAGACGUCCACGUGGAAGGUGGCCUCCGUGUGGGGCCGCGGAGACACGGACCGCGGCUCCCGCCGGCGCUCGCGCUCCGUGCCCUCCUCCCUGCAGGCGUCCGCGAGGGAGGAGUCCAGGUCGGAGCUGUCGGGGAGGACUACACGGACCGAGGGGUCCAGUGCGGGAGGCACCUUCUCCAGGGCCACCACCCUCUCCCGGGGCCAGCCCCGCAGGAGAAAGCGAAAGCCCAAGGUGGAUUACCAGCAGGUGUUCACCCGCCACAUUAACCAGAUCUUCAUCCGGGGCGAGAACGUGCUGCUCGUCCACCUCGCGCAGUGAGCGCCGGGCGUUGGGAGUGAAGUGCAUGUGUCCCUCCCACGCCGCACCCCAGUCCCCCCGUGACGCCAGUGUCUCCCCGUGGUCCCGCACACGCACAGGACGGAGCAGGCUCGGCCCCUGGAGGAGGAGCUCGGGGGGCCGGGCCCCGGGGGCGCGGGCAGUGGAGGAAGUUCCAAGGCAAAAACGAUGCGCGGGUCCCUGGACCAGAUUGGGUGUCGCUGGCUCCCUCGGGCUCUCCAGCCAGAGUCAGUUCUUCCGUUCGUGUGGAACUUACUCCCCUGGGGUGACAGGAGAGAAAGAGU